AUGUCUCUCCCGUGGAAACGCCUAAUCCGCUUCAUCGCCACAGACGGCCGCACCCUACGCGGCGAGCCAAUCCUCCCAACCCCAACAACAGACCUGGGCUUUAUAACCGAGUCCGACAAAUUACAAGCACGUGUAAUCGAAGGUGACGACCUAUACGACACCACCGGCAAAACCCGCGUCACCGAUGAAAUCGUCUCCGUGAAGACCGUCCUCGGCCCAUUGGCGCAGACAGAUGUUCCUAUUCUGCGUUGUGUCGGGUUGAACUAUGCGAAACAUAUCAAAGAAGCCGGCCGCACCCCACCCCCAUUCCCAUUCAUCUUCUUCAAGCCAAAUACCACGAUCCACGAUCACGGCGCACCAGUAGCAAUCCCACAGAUCGCCCAGGAUUCGCAGGCAGAUUAUGAAGGCGAGCUGUGCCUUGUAAUCGGCCGCGACGCCAAGAACAUCUCCCCAGAGAACGCGCUUUCCUACGUAGCCGCCUACACAGUCGGCAACGAUGUCUCAGCACGCAAACUGCAGCGCGAUCCGGCUCUCGCGGGCCGUGUCCCGCAAUGGGGAUUCUCUAAGGGAUUUGAUACGUUUGCGCCGCUAGGACCGUGUCUUGUUGCUGCGAGCGAGAUCGCUGAUCCUAGUAAGCUGUUGCUGAAGACGAUUGUUGAUGGGGAGGUUAGACAGGAGGAGUAUGUUGCGGAUCUUUUGUUUGAUUGUGCGUAUUUAGUGUCAUAUCUUUCGCAGGGGACGACGUUGCAGAAGGGGAGUGUUAUUAUGACGGGGACGCCUGGUGGUGUGGGCGCUGGUCUUUCGCCGCCUAAGUACCUUGUUCCUGGGACGCAAAUGGAUGUUGUCAUUGAUGGUAUUGGGACGCUGAGGAACGGCGUGGUGUUCGAUUAA